GGUUCACCAAUAGGACUAUUCAGGAUUUCUUAAGUUCUAAGUAUGGUCCGCCAAGCAACAUGUACAUAAGUUGUCCAUUGCAUCAUAGUGAUGCCAUAUCGUUUGUCCAAAAAUCUUCGUAAAAAAUAAGGUUAGACAGAGUCCAUGGAAGAAGCCAAUGUGAGUUUGAAACUUCUGAUAGACACAGAAAGCCAAAGAGUGCUUUUUGCUGAAGCGGACAAGAACUUCAUCGACUUCCUCUUUCACAUUCUGGCCCUGCCCGUCGGAACUUUCAUUGCGCUUCUCACAAAGCAGGGAAUGGUGGGCAGCUUGGGGAACAUUUACGAGAGCAUUGAAAAUUUAAAUAUCACUUACCUUCAACCAAACUUGAACAAAGAGACUCUCCUGAAGCCCAAAGUACACAUCUCUGGUGGUGGUACUGGAGUCCCUCUCCUAUUGCCAAACGUUGAAUCGUCAUCAUCAACAUCUCUGAAAUUUUAUAAAUGUGCUGGAAACAACAGGUCCGUUAUUUCGUCCCCUUUUGGUGGAGUGCAAACUGUACGAGGCGGCGACUGUAUCAAUUAUGUGGCUAACGACAACCGCGCAAUCUGUCCUUCGUGCAAGAACGUUAUGAACCACGAGCUAAAUUUCGUACACUCACCAAGCGCAACGAAUGCGGGCUCUUCCUCCAGUGAGGGAGGAUACGUGAAAGGAGUGGUUACAUACAUGGUGAUGGAUGAUCUAGUGGUGAAACCCAUGUCCACCAUCUCUAGUAUCACUUUGCUUAACAGGUUUAAUGUCAAGGAUGUAGGAGCUCUUGAGGAGAAAGUGGUCCAUUUGGGCAUCGAUGAGGGAGUGAAAUUGCUCAAGGCUUCUCUGCAGUCAAAGAAUGUUUUGACUGAUGUCUUCCUCCCAAUGUUGAAAGUUGAAAUAGAAAGUGUAAUGUAACACGGUAAUGCAAGAGUUCUAUGCCAUUGCCAAAAAUUAAUUUUUCUUCUUUUUUUUUUCGUUGCAUAUAUGUUUUAAAUGUCGGUCAAAUCUGGUGUGGCAAUGUGAAGGGCAAUAUGCUCUCUCUCUCUCUCUCUAUCUCUAUUUUUGUGUGUGUGUUUUGUUGGAAGCUUGGUUAAGAAGCAUUAUGUAUCAUUAAAAAAAAAAAUGAAAGUAUAUGUAAGCUUUUGUUAA